AGCCAUCUUUGUUCGCCUAAUCCGAGCAUCUAUUUUUUAUGUGUACAUAGUGACAGAAGAGAGUAGCGGUAGAGCUCCCUUAUUAUAAAGGGAGUAAUAGCGAGGCGCGGCACACCGCUGCAAAGAAAUAAAUACAAAUCCUCACAAAACACAAGGAAUAAUACCGCUUUACUGGAAUAACCUGGAGAGUGUAUUAUUUAUCCCGGAGACGGGGAGAAACGCCUGAAGCAGCGCGUCCAUCCACACACUUCUAGACGCACAUAAAACCCGGUUCACAAUGUCUGCCCCAGCCGGUGCCCCUGCCCCAGAAGGAGGUAACCAGCCUCCCCCUAACCUCACCAGCAACCGUCGCUUACAGCAGACACAGGCUCAGGUGGAUGAGGUGGUGGACAUUAUGCGUGUGAACGUAGACAAGGUUCUGGAGAGGGACCAGAAGCUGUCAGAGCUGGAUGACCGGGCUGAUGCCCUGCAAGCUGGAGCCUCACAAUUCGAGACCAGUGCUGCCAAGCUCAAGAAUAAAUACUGGUGGAAGAAUGCCAAGAUGAUGAUUAUCCUGGGGGUGAUAUGCGUGAUUGUCCUCAUUAUAAUCAUUGUGUACUUCAGCACCUAAAGCGCGAUGUUCCUACCCCACUCUGAGCUCAUGAACGUCCAAUUCUAAGCCACAGAAAAAUCCCUCCCAAAAAAGAUGAGAAAAACGACUUCUCACAACAAUCAAUUGAUUUGCCCCUUCCUGAGCCCCCUUGCCCCCUGUCUCCACUGCCUCACAGCUGGGCCCCUGUCACUCCUCGUUCGUCCUGUCCGUGAGUGUGUGGCCAUGUCUCCUCUGUAAAUACCUCCGGCUUUUCUGAAAUACUGUUCAUACUCCAAACUCCUGAUUACUUGUGACAACGACAACCGAUAAAAAAAGAAAUCACAGCCCUUAGAAUACGAUACGAUUAUACAGUAUAUAUUCCAAAAUGUUCUUUGUAGAGUUUUAUUCUGAUAUAAUGGUUUUUUGUAGUUUGUGUGUGAGUGUGCGUUUGUAUAUUUUUUUAAGUUUUGUAAAACUUAUUUUGCUUCAGGUUUAAACUACUGCCUCUCAAUCUGGGUGUUUGUAUCUUGCACGCUCUGUUUCACUCUUUCUUGCUCACUGAGUAUUGGUGUAUUUUUGCACAAGCGAUAGACUCCCUUAACUGAGGUACUGAAUCAAUAUCCCCAGUUUGUUCUUUGUCACAUGCACUCUAUCUCAGACCUACACAUUUCCCCCUCAAACCUCUUUCUCUUUCUUUCUUUCUUUUUCUUUCUCACCAAUAGUACUUACUCUCUUAGUGAACUGCCACAACAGACCAAUGACUGUAGAUGUUUAUCUUAAUUUAAUGUCUUUAGUGUCUUAUCUCUUAAACAUUCCUUAAUAGCAGUGUACAAUUAUGCUGUCUAUCAAACAAAGCAAGCGUAUUUAUCUUAAAGAAUUCCAAAAUAGGUCUUAAACAACCUUGAGUACUUGUAAAGCAGUCAGACUAGGUUUUGACAGGGAUGCCGAAGUUAUUAAUCGCACAUGGGUCAAUUGCGCAGUACAUGGAAAAAUUUGAAAGUGUUAGUGCUAUUUCGAACAGCAAAUCAGGACCAAAAUUCCCCGAUUCAUUCUGCUGGUAAAGAUUUUGAAGCCCAGAGAGAUUCAAGGCCAGAGACUGACCGAAAAUUGGAAAUAGUAUCAUGCACAAAAAGCUUGUUUUCGAUGGCGCCUUUUAACUGGUUAGACUGCAGGUGCGAAUGGGAGAGAACCGCGCGCUGUGUUACUCCCUCGCAGCAGAAAUACUGCCAAACUGAUUCAUCCAUCUGAAAGCACACAGGUUGAUCUUAAUACUUCAACAUGAGGUAGUUUCGACAGCUGUGGUUCUCUCUCUUAAAUCUAGAUACUGCCUUUAAUUUAGUCUUUCUUUUGAUUUUAGGUAUAGAUUAUAUUAUAUUUUUGUGUGUGAAGCAGGCAGGAAAGGGACCACAUAGUUUCAGGACUUGGCGCUGCUGCCAUGUGCACAGCGAGCACCUUUGUGUCCCUCACUAUUAUCCACCUCUCUGUGUGCCUGUUUGUUAAGUUCAGCUGUAGUUUACACACUGCCAAGCAUCUGAGGGGACAUUUUUUUUCUUUUUAUCUUUUGUUUUUUUUUCCACCAUGCCCUUCCUGGUUUGCUCUCGUGCAUAUAUACGCCUCCAUCAGCAUCACCCUUCAGUCUCAUCCGCCCAAUCUGCCAACAAGAAGCGAGCCAGGCGUGAAGUGUGCGUCUGCACGUGAACACCCCCCCCCCCCUUCACGUUUCCAAGUUAGCGCCAUUAGCAUUUCUUCUUUCACACGAUUCGGUUUCUAGCCGCCCGCCGUAGUGUGUGUGUAGAGUAUUUCAGCUUCAUCCUGACAGAUUAGGCUGCUUAGACCUCUGCAGGUAAAGAAAGGCUGUUCCCGUGGCAACCUGUUUGCAUAAACAGGGGGGAAAGCAUAGAUUAGCUGAUUGAUUGUGACAGGAGGCGGGGCUGUUAAGGGGCGGAGCUAGAGAUAUUAUUCCACUGGUGUGUUUUUACAUUCCAUAUUAAUCAUCCGUAUGGAAAAGAAUGAUGUUUGGAGCAGAAUGAACUGUAAUCUUUUGCAUUUAUGGUUUCUGACAAGCAAACUAAUUUUCAUUUCAUUCAUUUUUUCUUCUUUAAAAGGAGAUAGCCUUAGUUCAUUUUAUUUUUUUUCUAUCCCGGCAUGCUCAUUCACUCAUUUGUCCCACUCACGUUGAGCUAUUUUAAUGAUAAAUGACCAAAGACCAUAUUAUAUCUUGCUUAUACUGCCAACUGCCAUCAAAAACAGGUUAAGGGGCAACAUUUCCCCUGAUCUCUGGUUUUUAAAAGCUCUCAUCCAGCAAAAGGAAACAAGAAUUAGCCCAUUUCUCUGCAUUUUUCAGGUCUGUUUAUUUUACUUGAAUAUUUAGUAUUGGUAAUCAAGUGGAGGUGAUUGCUAACAGGUUAAGGAAUUUGAAACCACAAUCCGACGGACGUAGCCCAUGCCUGAUAUCUAUAUCAAUGAUAGCACAACUUCUCCUUUAGGUCUGUAUCUGUAAUGCUGAAUAUAAAACAUGAAACUCUUUCUUAGUAGCUAUUUAAAGAAGAAAAAGUCUGUAUUGUUUUGUGUUGUAGUGUGGGCUUCAUCUGGGGGAAGGGGGUUCUUUUUUUUUAGAUUUGACAUUUAAGACAUAAACAAUCUGGAAUUAGAAUAAGAUCAUAUUAAAAUAGAUGAACUAUAUAUUAUAUUAGGCAAAUAAGAGAAUUUUCUUCCAGGGGUUGUCAACAUUUUAAAGGGGUCUAUAACUAAUAAACAACAUGCAUUGGGGUAGGACUCAAACAUGACAAAUGAAUCAAAGCGUUAAAAACGCUUCACAAAUUAAAAGGAUUCUAAUAGGGGACUACAAAUAAUGUAUGUGCUUUUCAGUUUUUCUUUGUGCGAGUGUAUGAAUACAUUUUCUUUUGUCUUGGCACUAAUGUAUGUUUUGUUCAAAACUGUGUGGGUUGAGAGGGACGGUGGCAGUAGUUUUGUCACGCCAGCCUGUUAAAGAUGCUGCGUCUUCUUUAUUGGGAGGGAACCAAUGAAGACACAGAGCUUUACCGGCUUAAAAGCCACAGUGGUUUCUCCAUUACUCAUGUCAUACAGUUAUUUAGUCUUCAGUUGUUUAAGCAGAAAUUAGUUAAGGCUUCACAGUGGUGCUCUGUGGCACAGCUUCAUUGUGCUUAGUCAGGAGAGGGUGAUUUUUUUUCUAUAAUUUAAAAAAUACUGGAAAAUGAACCCUGCCUUACUAAAGGUUAGAGUGUCAAGAGUUUUUUUUUUUCUUUUCAGAAAGCUUGUACAGACUGCGAUAUCAACUUCAGUUGGUUGCUAUUAGUUCAGAGAUGUUUUGAAUGAAAACGUAUGUGAUUUUACACGAGUUUGAUUCUUUGAAGGUUUUUGGGACUGAAUAAAGAGUAUAAACAAGUGGAAUUUAAGGGGGCUGAUCCCAUAGAGCUUCAUGGAGGUCUAGAAAUGCAUCGAACCAAGAGCCAAGUUGCUGUAUUAAUAACAGUUUGUGUUUCAUUUGUUUAUUUAUUUGAUUUACGGAGGUUCGUUUGUGGAGGAGAGGUUGAGGAUUAGCAUUACCCCUGUUUGUCUGGCCUCUUUGGAGGGACUAGGCUGGAGGAUUAUGGGUAAUGUGGUCUUCACAGUUUUAUUUUAUGUUGUUUUUAUUUUAUUUUUUAAAAUUAUUUGUGUCAUAAGUUAUAGUGGACUACAUAUUAAACAGAACGAAGUACAUUGUAACAGGGAACCUUUUGGCAACCAGACAUACAUGAAAUCAAUUGUAGAGUAAAUCUGUCAAUGUCUAUUAUAUGGAUGAACUUCUUGGG